AUGCCCGAGCAGGCCUCCAAGGAAAAGGGCAUGGCUGCCUCUGACGGCUCGUCCUUCCCCCUCAUCCUCGAGCAUUGCAUGUUGAAUCCCUCCUCAUACGAGAUCCCUCUGCGCAGCAUGUACGCCCUCAACUGCCAGACGCUUUCUCUCAAGUCGGCUGCAGGCCUGAAGGAAGCGGGCCUCGCAACGCAGAAUUCAACCGAGCCUCUGGCCGAUGCCGCCUCCCAGUUCAAGGCACAGUUGAUUUCGCACAUUUCCAGGUCCCCCAAUCAGUUCGACCUCCCCGUGGGUUUCAUGGUGUCCUUUGUGCGUCGCGCCUUUGCCCCAAACUUGGAGGACGUCGACUUCCCGCAGGCCUUUGCGGCUCUGGACUAUUUGAAGAACCUCCACAGGCGUCGCCAGAAGGAAAUCCUAGCGGCGCUAGAAUCCCUAGCUAUCGACCUGGUUCCCUCCAAGUCACACUUUUUGCGAAUCUCCCAGACCCAGAAGCAGGAACUUCAGCUGACAUACCCUGGCGUCGUUGCUUGGGUGGAAUCAAUCGAGAAGAGAGAUCGCGAAGCUCAUUAUCUGUACAGGAAUGUGUGCUUGGGCUUGCGUCGCUGGACUCUGAUUAACGAGAUGUGGCUGGAGCCAUUCCACAAAGGCAAUUGUAUGGCUAUGCUGAACACACUCUUUCCUCCAGCUAUACACAACGCCAAAGCUCCCAGUGCCGCCAGUGCAGACUUGACACUCGAGGAAGUGGCGCAGCAGCGUCAAGGUUUCUUCGACUGCAUUGGCAUAAUCGAACGACAGGGUAAAGUGGCCAUUGAAAGCCUCUUAACUACGGGAGCCCGCGCAGGAGAGGAGACUGCAUGGCCAAUGGUUCAUGAGUUCUUGGAGAAAUACCUUGAUCUCGCCACCGAAACAAUUCACGACUGCGCCCAAGUCAAGGGUCGCGAGUACCUGGAGGCCGAGGUGCGCGGCAAGACUCACAAACGCAAUGCCGAUUCUGGCGUCAGCUUUACUUCUGUGCACGAGUCACUUUCCACUACUACGACUACUACCGAAAGCCGUGCUGGAACCCCGCUCGACAAAUCUCGAUCUCCCACUCCGGAUACUAAACAGGGUAAAUCGACUCUGGAGAAGAUCAGUAAACAGCUCCGCAAGAUACGCUCGCGCCCGGACAUCAAAGAACCAGGGAAGCCCAAAACAGUGUCAAAGAAGAAGUCCCUCACUGCGCUUGUCAGCGGACGGUCGGCCAGCAGUUCCAGCGCCGAGACCAACUUUGACGUGGAUGAGUUCAAGCGUAAACGGAUGAUCUGGGAAGCCAAUGAGAGAAAGAAGGCGGCACUUCAGGGGGCUCAGAAUGGAAGAGAAACCCCCAAGCAGGUCUACGAUGAUUGA